AUGAAAGACGACGGCUUGGAAAUAACAUUCAAUGCGGGGAAGUUCUAUCAGCCGUUAGUUGUGUCCAUCUGGGAACUGGGCGAAGGCGUCGGCUCAUUCAUGGUCGGACCACUAUCGGAGCAUUACGGGCGCAAUAUUAUCUAUUACGGUGGAAACCUUCUUUUUAUUCUCUGCUCCGUUGCAGCCGCGCUGAGUCCAAAUAUCUCCGUUCUAGUGGCCUUCCGCUUCUUCAACGACAUGGCAGUUACUUCUCUUAUCUUCUCCCCUCCCCCCCAAGAACGAGGCGCUGCGAUGGCACUGGGUAUUACUCUUCCUCUAAUCGGGCCUUGCGUGGCCCCGAAUUGCGAAAGCCCAUCAUCCGGAUUCCUGCUCCAGUCCAUCGUCCGUCCGGUGCGGCUCCUCUUCUCUUCGCCCAUGCUGCUAGUAAUGGCCCUUUAUACAGUGCUGACGCACGGUAUCUCCUACCUAAUCCUGACCAUGUUGUCUGAAAUCAUUCCAGCAAUCGGCAACAUCGUUGGCCCAUGCUUUUACGGUCUCAUCUCCGACCGCUACGCCAAGCACCGGGGGGUGAUAGAAGGCGAAUUCAAGCCCGAACAACGCCUGCCGCUGAUGGUCUUUGGUACUGCUAUGCUCCUCAUCGGCUUAACCCUGUACAUUUACAUGCUUCUGGCCAAGCCGCCCACGGAAAACUACCUGGUCGACACCUUCGACAAGCAGCGUGUCUCCGCAUUCGCCCUGUCGGCCAAUGCCACACCCUAUGCGCUCUCUUCGGGGCCUUCUUUCCCCUCGCCAGCCCAUCCCCGUAUCACUCACUCGGUGGGUUGGGGAAACUCCCUCCUGGCGUUUCUCUCGCUGGCGUUCUUGUCGCUGUUUACGGCGCUCUGGUUACGUGGGGAGGGGUUCCGGAAGUUGGGCUGGGGAUAUCUCUAG